CUGUGACAUACAAUGUUACUGUCAAAACAAUUGACUGAAUCGAAGAUAUUUUUAUUUAGUUAAUGAUUUCUUAAAUCGAAAUGUUAAAACUGGAACGACACAAACGAAUCCUCGGCUAUGCUAGAAGAUUUAUUUACAAUAAAUCAACGGUGGACACAUCUUGCAUCGGACCCAUUUGCAAUUUAAACGUAAAUAACCUAACCUUCACCAAAAGCCAACAAAAGCAAAUUACGAAGGAAUAUGCAGCUGUUGUAAAUUUACUUAAUCGAUCGUUUGCUGUUCCACCAAAUGUAUUCGCCCGUCAUUUUCAUACGUCUUUAACAAAUUUCAAAGAAUCACCGAAACCAAGUCAACAGCCGGAUAAUUCCAAUAAACAAUCUUCAUCCAACGACAAUGAUAAUGACAAUGAUAACAACAAGAAAGGCGAUGAAGGCAAAGUUCUUUCCAUUGUGACAAAGGCCGUUUUAUGGAUGGCUACGAUUUAUAUGCUCGUAAGCAUAUUCACGAUGUCACUGCCGCAAAAGAAUCGACCGGAAACGUCAACCCGAUAUGUGUCCUGGCACGAAUUUGUGCAUCAUAUGUUGGCCGUUGGGGAGGUUCGCGAAUUGAUUAUUCGACCGGACAUGGAAAUGGUGACGAUAGUGCUGCAUGACGGUGCAAUAGUCAAAGGAAAACAGUACCGUUCAACCGUUUUUCAUAUGGCCGUAGCUGACACAGUAAAAUUCGAAACAAAAUUACGAGACAUCGAGAAGCGUCUGGGCAUUCGGGAUGGUGUGACGAUUACGUAUGAACGAAAUUCGGAGGUGGCCAAAAUUUUGAUAACACUGAUGAUGACGGCGUUCCUGUUUUCCAUAUUCUCACGAAUGAAGGGAAUGAAAGUGUCCAUGUCGGGUAUGGGGUCGUUUUCGAGUUUCGGUCGAGCUAAGUUCACAUUGGUUGAACCGUUAGAAGGUGGCAAAGGAGUCUUUUUCAAAGAUGUAGCCGGCUUACAAGAAGCCAAACAAGAAGUCAUGGAAUUUGUAGACUAUUUGAAGCGGCCGGAAAAGUAUCAGCGUCUUGGCGCUAAAGUACCGAAGGGUGCUUUACUAUUGGGUCCUCCAGGAUGUGGAAAAACGCUUCUAGCUAAGGCCGUCGCAACCGAGUCUCAGGUUCCAUUCCUAAGCAUGAACGGAUCCGAAUUCAUCGAAAUGAUUGGUGGUUUGGGAGCAGCGAGAGUUCGCGAUUUAUUUAAGGAAGCUAAGAAUCGGGCACCGUGCAUCAUUUACAUAGACGAGAUCGAUGCUAUUGGUCGACAACGGUCCGGUGUUGGUGGAGGUCAACAGUUCAGUUCUGGUGAAUCGGAACAAACACUUAACCAGCUAUUAGUCGAAAUGGAUGGCAUGGCCACAAAACAAGGUGUUCUUAUGUUGGCUAGCACCAAUCGUGCAGAUGUUCUAGACAAUGCACUACUGCGACCAGGACGUUUCGAUCGACACAUAACCAUCGAUUUGCCCACAUUGUCGGAACGGAAAGAAAUAUUUGAAAAGCAUUUGACCGGAAUCACAUUGGAGAAGGCACCUGACACAUAUUCAAACCGAUUGGCGAUUCUAACGCCAGGCUUUUCCGGAGCGGACAUAGCAAAUGUUUGUAAUGAGGCGGCGUUGCAUGCAGCUAGGACAAGUCAAAAGUCAGUCAACGCAUCGAAUUUAGAAUAUGCCGUAGAACGAUUGGUUGGUGGUACGGAAAAACGUUCACAUGCUCUGUCCACCGGUGAAAGAAGAGUUAUUGCCUUCCACGAAUCUGGACAUGCGUUGGUCGGAUGGUUAUUGCCCAAUUCCGAUGUUCUGCAAAAGGUCACGAUCGUACCAAGAACUUCCUUAGCACUGGGAUUCGCCCAAUACACGCCCAGCGAGCAGAAACUGUUUACCAAAGAGCAACUCGAAGACAAAAUCUGUAUGGCGUUAGGUGGUCGAGCUGCGGAGAAUAUAACGUUCAAUCGAAUAACAACCGGUGCUCAAAAUGAUUUGGAGAAAGUGACCAAAAUUGCAUACGCUCAGGUUGCUAAGUACGGAAUGAAUGAACGGAUUGGUCCAAUGUAUGUACCCGAUGAGGCCGAACAGAAUUACAGUGGCGAAAAACCAUUUUCCAAAGCAUUGGGGAACAUAAUUGAUGAGGAGGCACAAAAAGUUGUAUCAGACGCUUACAAGCGAACCGAAGCCAUUCUGAUUGCCAAUCGUGACAAACUUAUCAAGUUGGCUGAAUCGUUGCUGGAAAAGGAAACUCUGAACUACGAAGAGGUGGUCGAAUUGAUUGGACCGCCAAAAUACGAAUCGGCUAAACGGAAAAUCGAUCCCGUAGAGUUUGAGGACUCGCUGAAGAAUCUUUCUUCGCAAAAUAAGUAGUGCGCCAGUGAUAGAAAAUUGUUAGAAUUUUGGAAUAAAUUAAAUCUUUAAUAUGAACGAA